CUGCAUAAAUUCUGGGGUCAGCCAAACGAAAGGACACUGAAAGGAGUCAUCUUUUUCUUUAAGCUGCUGAAAACAACCAAGUUACCCGGCCAUGCGUCUGUAUAUCCUCCAUUCCUCAUAUCUCCCACCAGCUCUACCCUUCCAAUGCUUCCAUGUCAAUGGAAGGAAGCUUUCUGUCACUAAAAGCCCUUUCCUUCCUUCCUCUCAGAGCCUUGCAUCGCUUAGAGACUUCCAUAUUAGGGCAGCGGACGGUGGAAGAAAGAGGAGGGUGAGGGUGAUAUCUUCCUAUUUGCUUGAGAGCCCUGUGCUCUGGGCUGGGAGACUUUGCGUCUUCUACGCUCUCCUUAAGGCUGGUCUCGCUGGCUCGGCAUCAAACCCUUUUAUCUCUUCCGGAUUGGAUGGUGAUGAUUUGGGGUUUUCCAAAUGGAUUGAGAGCCUCCAGGGCAUCAGAUCAGAUGAAAAAGAAGCAAGGGACAGAAGGAAACUUGUCAGUAAGUGGCAUCCUACAACAAAGGGCACCUUGAAGAGAAGCUAUAGGGUGCCAUCUACGGCUGAAGGUAGACGCCUUCUCCAAAACAUAGCCUCUUUGCUUUCGGAGGAUGAUCAUUUCACAGAUGCCACCUCACACAAGGGUUGUCGAAUAAGAAGAGAGAGCGCUCAUGGAGAAAGUGUAUGUUGCAACAAUGUAAGAGCCCUCUUUGAUGAGCUCCCCACACCUCACCUGGUUGUUGAGAUAACUGCAUUUCCUGCUGGACCACUUACAGAGAAAGACUAUGUGAAAGCAGAGAAGCUUGAGAGAUUGCUUAGGUCUGGAUCUUCUAUUUGAAUUAUGGAAGUCUUGUAUUUCUCAAAUACAUGUAUUGCUCACAUGUGUAAAUAAUGGUAUGUUUUCUCACCAUAACUUCAGCUAUCUAAUGUUAUUCUGCAUCUGCCUAUUUUCAUU